AUGGUAUCAGUAAGGAAGAGAAAGAUGGCUAGGUCAUCUGUUAAGAAAAACACCAGGAGAAACAAGGACAAACAGCGUAACAUAAAUGUGUACUCGAAUCCCAUCAUUGCCAAAAAUUGGGACAAAUCAUUGACCUUACAACAGAACUAUAAACGUUUGGGAUUAAGGGCAAAGUUGGGCCACAUGGCUGGUGGUGUUGAGAAGAAAGUAGAGACUUUGACCGAUCUCAGGAAUAAGAAAAAGAAUAAAGACAAAGGUGAUGCAGUCACAAUAGACGAGAUUGAACAUACUGAUGAUCCUUCCAAGAUACCAGAAGGGGAGGCCAGAAUUAUAAGGGACCCGGAAACAAAAGAAGUGAUCAAGGUCAUUUACGGAACAAUGAAAGUAGUAGAAGAAGAAAGCGAUGACGAAAAGGUUGAUAAUUCUGUCAUUAAGCAGCUAGAAGAAUACGCAGAGCAGCACAGUAAAGUCAAAAAGGAGAGACAUCUUUCCGAUAGGGAAAGCGAUUGGUUAAAGUCGUUGUAUGAAAAGUAUGGCGAUGAUUACGAAAAGAUGAAGUGGGAUAAGAAAUUGAACAUUUACCAGCAAUCGGCAGGAGAUUUGAAGAGAAGAAUCAACAAAUGGAAAAAGGCAAAUGGUAUAUAA